UCUCCAAAUCCAAACCCAGCUCAACUCCCACCACUUAUUUUCUCUCUCUCAUGGACCUUGCCGGCACCAUCGUCUUCACCACCGUUGGUAGGCCCUAAUAUGGAUUUGACCUCUUCUCUCUCGAACUCUGCCCUUCCACCACCCUGAACAGUCCGGAGCAUCGCCUCACUGACGGCAUCUCCAUCAAUUUCAAUGCCCAGUUCGUCGACGACGAUCAGACACUCGUCUUUAUCUCUGAGCGAACUGGGUCUCCACGUAUCUACCUAUCCAGGCCUGGUCUCCUCAUCCCAAAACCACUGCCUUCAUUGUCCACUAGCCUCUUCCACGACCGCCCGGUCAUCAAGAACGACCGCCUCUACUUCAUCUCAGCCCACGAACAACCUGAACGACCCUUUAAGAGCUGGUCUGCUCUCUACUCGACCCGGGUUGAGGAGUUGGAACUUACCCAGCUUACUCCGUACGGUGCCGUCGAUUAUAGUCCUGCUAUUUCUCAGUCUGGGAAUUUCAUAACCGUUGCUUCUUACGGGAGUCGUCCUUGGAAUGGUGAAUUCCACGAGCUCCACACUGAAAUAGUUGUGUUCCAGGUAUCGGACCCGAGUAACCGUAUCACUAUGUGCGAACGAGGUGGCUGGCCCACCUGGUCUGGUGACUCGGUCAUUUACUUCCACCGCCAAGCCGACGAUGGUUGGUGGAGCAUCUUCAGUGUAGCUGUACCGGAAAAUCUCGAACUUUCGAGGCUUCCAAACAUCGCCACUAGGAUCACACCUUCUGGGCUCCACUGCUUCACUCCCGCAGCCAUUCACCAUGGUAAACGAAUAGCAGUUGCAACUUGGCGGCGCGAAAACAAGUUUCGUCACAUCGAGAUCUUUGACACCGAGUCUAAGACGUUCCUCCCGGUGACCAAGCCUUUGAACCCUAAGUUCCACCACUACAGCCCAUUUGUCUCUCCUGGUUCCCGGAUCCUUGGAUACCAUCGGUUUCGAGGCGAGUCAACACAGGGCGAGUCGACAAUUCCACAUCUUGACCCUGUGACGUCCCCAAUCGAACAACUUCGAAUGCUUAGGCUAAAUGGUUCGUUUCCUUCAUUUUCUCCCACCGCUGACCUGAUCGCGCUUAAUCAAGACUUCGAGUCAAACACCGGCCUACAGAUUAUAAAAUCUGACGGUUCUAGGCGAUGGACCCUACUCAAGGACCGCAUGGCAUUUUACAACUCGUGGAGCCCCACAGAGAAACACGUUAUAUAUACUUCGUUGGGGCCGAUAUUCGGUUCAGUGAAGGCAACGGUCCAGAUUGCAAGCAUUGAAUUUGAUCCGGUUGAUUUGGAUGGGGAUUGCGAGGACAUAAAGUGCGAGCUGAAGAUUUUAACGAGAGAGGAGACGGGGAAUAAUGCCUUCCCGUCUUGUUCGCCAGAUGGCAAGUUCAUCGUGUUUCGAUCUGGACGGUCUGGGCAUAAGAAUUUGUACAUAGUCGAUGCCGUCGAUGGCGAGUUGAACGGCGGUUUGCGUCAAUUAACUGAGGGUCCAUGGAUUGAUACCAUGCCCCAUUGGUCACCAAAUGGAGAUUUGAUAGCCUUCUCAUCCAACAGACACAACCCAGACAACGUUGACGCGUUUAGCAUUUUCGUGAUCAAGCCCGAUGGCUCGGGCUUGCGAAGGAUUCACGUGGCAGGUCCGGAGGGUACGAGUGACGUGGACAGGGAAAGGAUCAACCACGUGUGCUUUAGUAAGGAUGGGAAAUGGCUGCUGUUCACGAGUAACUUGGGCGGGGUGACAGCCGAGCCAGUGUCUUUACCUAAUAGUUUUCAACCAUAUGGUGAUCUGUAUGUGGUUAGAUUGGAUGGGAGUCAGCUGAGGAGGCUAACAUGGAAUGGAUACGAGAACGGGACGCCAGCGUGGCACCCCAGUGAUGAUCAUGCACUUGAUAUGGGGCGCAUACGUUUGGGAAGUGAGGUCGGAGGAGACAUGCUGAAAGGAGAAUUUGAUGAUCCACUUUGGAUCUCUUAGCAACGUGUGAAUG